GGCCCCAUCGGCUUCCGUAGGAAGGCACCGGCCGUGGAGGCGCCACGUCCCUUGCGGCGGCGGGAGAGAAAUCGCUUGGACUUCGGGGCGGCCUCGGACAGCCAUGGCCUUUACCCUGUACUCACUGCUGCAGGCAGCCCUGCUCUGCGUCAACGCCAUCGCAGUGCUGCACGAGGAGCGAUUCCUCAAGAACAGUGAGUGGGACCGCGGGGCGCGGGCUGGGGCUGCGGCGGAGUCCCCGGGGGCGCGGAACCUAAUGGGGCCGUGUGAGGGGACACCAAGGGCCGGGACAGAAGAACAGCGGAAGGCUCGGCUUGGAGUGGAAGCCGAGCCUUUCCUCUCAUCAGGUUUGGGCUCAACAGCCGGGAGAAUAUUCAACAGACACCCGCUGUGCAGGGCCCAGGGAGUUGGGGUGGAGGGAUACAGAAGUCAGUCAGGAACGCCUCUGCUUGCGAUUACUUCAGUUGGCUGGGGAACAGACCAGGGAAUUGGUGGAUUUGGAGAAGAGCCGGGAAUUAAAUCACAGCUAAUGAACCUUAUUCGAUCUGUAAGAACCGUGAUGAGAGUGCCAUUGAUAAUAGUAAACUCAAUUGCAAUUGUGUUACUUUUAUUAUUUGGAUGAAUAUCAGUGGAGAAAAUGGAGACUCAGAGGAGGACAUGCCAGUAGAAGUUAUUACUUCGGUCAUUAUUGGAAUAUUUAUAUCUUAGCUGGCUGACCUUGCACUUGUCAAAAAUGUAAAGCUGAAAAUAAAACCAGGGUUUCUAUUUAUCUGUUUUUUUUUUUAAUGUUGCACUUGUAGUUUCAUUACAAAAGAUCAUAUCAUGAAAGGCAGUAACUCUCCAGGACUGGAAUAUCUGAUUGCUCAGUGUUAAUAGUAGUUCAUGCUGUGGUGAGAUUGUUAAAAGGGUGCAAGACUGUUGCUUCUCUUUUUUUAGAUAUUUUUCUAUCUCUCACUUCUCAGGGAUGAAAUUCUUUUUCAAAGUUUUGAAGUUCCUUGCAACUUAGCCAUGAUGUGAGUGGUUAUCCCUAGAUACAAUUAAAAGGAUUUUUAAAAAGUAAUUACUGCACAUAAAAUGAUAAAUAGGUAAUUUGAAUAAUUUUAUGUUAAGCUCCUUGGUUAAUUAUUUUGUCUAUUGUCUCAGCUAUAAAUUCAAAUUUAUACAUACUAUUGAGUAUUAAUAUUCUCUGAUUUCAGGGAGAAUUGUCAGUCACAUGAUGAUUAUGUUUUUGUUUAACAUUCUUUCCAUGCACUUGUUAUUUUAUUAAUUUGCCUGAAUGAUGAGACCAGACCAGUAUCUACAGAUUUUCAUUGUCAGAAAAAUCUAUAAGUCUGCCCUUUUUACAAUGAUGAUUUAAAAAAACCAACAGCGUAAAUAUUAGCCCACAAGAGCAGUCCUAAACAAUCACAAUUACACUGUACUACCCAAGAAGACUGUUUAUUGUGAAGCAUUUACCUUUCAAAAAAUCAUUACAUUUCUAUUUCUUGGUGGAGCAGCACAUUGUGGAGUGUGAUUCUUAAUUCUUCAUUGAGUUUGUCAAUAGGACAUUCAUGCUGGAUAGGUUGUCUGUUUCUAUGUCUCAGACCAUCUCGUGAGAUUGUUUGCCCAUCUCAUAAUAGUUUUAUGCAGAAAGGUUGAAACUAUGUAAAUGGUUUUUAUGGAAAUUAUCAGUUACAAUAUUUUAAAGGUGUAGAAUGGCAUCUUUGUUUAUAGGAGAACAUUUGUAAAUAAAGUUAAAUUUCUAAGUCAA